GGCUGACAAAGCGCAUUGCGCAAAGCAGCAGAGUCGUGUGUGCAUGAUACACGGUUAAACAUGUUAAAAAGUUUUUCUGAAAUUUUAGUUUUAUGUUACAUUCGGUGCCCAAAUUGUUGUAUAAGAACUGAUAUAAUAAACUUUUCUCCUUCUUGAUUAAGUGAGAAGUAUAGGUAAAUAAUAAAUAGUGAAUAUAUUUUUUGUUUGUGUAAGUCAGCGACGUUCUAAAAUCAAGAUGCCAAAAGGAAAGAAAAAGGGUAAAUACGAGCAUAAAAGAACGGAGCAAGCAUACUCUUCAGAUGAAGAUGCUGGUAUAGAUAUGACCAUAGACAAUUGCUCAGAGAUAUCAGGUCAAUCCGACUUGAAGAGCAACCAUGAAGAUGCAGAAAACGAUGUACAAGAGAAGUUAGAGGAGAAGGUGCUAGAGUUGAUAGAGAGUCUCAACGCGCGGGCGAGCGCUGCGCGUGCGCAGGCGCUGUGCUCGCUGCAGGGCGCGCUGCAGCGGCGCUACCUGGCGGGGCUGCUGGCGGCGCACCGCGCCACGCUCGCCGACCACGUGGCGCGCACGCUGCGCCGCGGCCGCGACGCCGAGCGCAGGGCCGCCGCCAACCUCGCCCCGCUGCUCGCUCUGCAGAUAGGUGAGGAGGGCACGGAGGAGUUCAUGAAGGAGGUGCGACCCGCGUUAUUCGCCGCCUGCACAGACAAGUCCGCUUCGAUUGAAACUAGAACUGAUUGCUGCUCGUCGCUGGCGGUGCUGUGCUACCUGCUGGAGGAAGACUUCACAGAGAUCAUUGAGGUGCUGCGAAUGUACGAGACCAUAUUCAGCGGCAGCUAUCUUAAGGGCGACAGCAGCGUGAAGGUGUGCGGCGCGGCGGUGGCGGAGGGCCCGCUGCACGCGGCGGCGCUGGACGGCUGGGCGCUGGUGCUGGCGCUGGCGGAGCCCGCGCACGCCGCGGCGCUGCUGCGCGCCGGCCCGCCCGCGCCGCACCGCCUGCUGCAGCUGCUCGAGGCUUGCAGUCUUGAGGUGCGCAUGGCGGCGGGCGGCGCGCUGGCCGUGGCGCACGAGCGCUGUGUGGAGGGCGGCGCGGGGGGCGCGGGGGGCGCGGCGCCGUGGGCCGGCAGCGAGGCGGCGCUGCAGGCGCGCCUGGAGCAGCUGGCGCGCGACCCGCACAAGUACCGCGCCAAGCGCGACCGCAAGCUGCAGCGCGCCACCUUCAGAGAUAUACUCAAAUACUUCGAGGAGGGCGCGGUGCCGGCGCUGCGCGUGGCGGUGGGCGGCGAGGCGGUGGAGAUGCGGUCGUGGGCGGGGCGCGGCGCGUACGCGGCGCUGGCGGGCGCGCUGGGCGGCGGGCUGGCCGCGCUGGCGCCGCACUGCGCGCCGCUGCGCCACGCGCUGGAGCUGCCCGCCGCGCCGCCGCCGCGCGCGCCGCCCUCGCGCCUCGACAAGCUGCAGCGGCAUUUGCAGAACAACGCAGCGUGCAAGGCGCGCACGCUCGCGCGCAACAAGAGCCGCGACAAGCGCUCCGCCGCACUCGCGCUCUAGGCGCCUCACUUUUUUAUCCAUACACGUAUUAAAACAAACGUUUCAAGAAAAAAAAUACGCGAA